AUGACUUUGAACCAGUCGCAAGCAUCAAUCUUGAACUCAAUAAUUAGGGCUCUAUCACAAUUCUUGGAUCCUAACACCUUUUACCAAGACCAACAACCGUCUCAUCUGCAUGACCAGCCACAACAUGUUCAUCGCAAAGGUGUCCACCCUUUAUCUCUGUCGAACCAGGAGAAGGCUCGCCCAGUCUUCUUGACCCUGCACAUGCUAUUCCCUCAUGAACUACUUCCCGCGCUUGAUCUCCUGGAUCGGGGCCUGGUAACCAACGUCAUGGUGAAGCACUCAGCCACGAGGCAAAACGAUCAAGAGGGCAUGCCGGGAUUGAGAACUUCUGCAGGCCAAGAUUGCCCAGUGCUGGAACACGCAGAAGUUCAACACCUAGAACAAUCGGGCGGUAAUAGCUGUGAAGUCUUCUACAUCCAGUCUUCGUCCGCCGUGGACAAACAACUGUCGAGGUCGCGAAUCUAUCCUCGCGGUGGACACACUAGCAUGGUUAUCCCGUUCUACGAAGUCCGCCUGGAUAGUUGGAACUGCACUUGUCCAGCGUUUAGCAUUAGUAUGUUCCAGAGCUUGAAUCUUCAACAUAACCGAGAUCCUGGAGCAUUGGAAAGUGACCUUCAUAUCGGCCGGACUAGCAAAUCCACAGGGAAGAUCAAGGGUGAAUUGGAAUUCGGUGGUAUUGCCGUCACCAAAUUCGCAAAAGUGCCGAGCUGCAAACAUCUUGUGGCCGCUUUCCUUGCGAAGGCUGCUCCAGCCCUGUUCACAGACAGUGUGCAAAAGAGCACUGUCUCGAGGGAAGAGGCGGUUGCAUGGGGAGCCGGGUGGGGGGAGCACAGAGGGACUUGA